GAAGGAUUCGAGCAAGUUAUCUUCAACAGAGUGAAAGAAUUCGUGGAGCAAAAAGUGAAAGAAAUGUUUGCAGAGGAAAGCGAUCUUCAAGAUGCUGAGGAAACGCCCCAACCAAUCCAGGCGCAGCAGCUACUCUGUGAAGAGGAAAUGCGGAACAGUUGUAAGCAAGAAAUGCAAGAUGAUGAUGAAACGAAAAUUGAUGACACAAGUGCAGCAGAUCAUCCUGUUGAUGCCCUAGCUGUCGAGAUUUUGAAGUAUAUUUUCGUUCCUCGUCCGACGCAGAGAAUUUUUUACGACGUGUGGUCCCAAGGACCACGACUUCUGCCCAACGAUCUAGCGAUGAAAAUCGAACAUCUGGAGUCCUUGCCCAGUGUCUUGAAACUCAUCGACUUGCUUGUCUCUACCGAUGAGAAAGAUGUAGCACAUCCUGUACAAGAACUUGAAGUACUAGACCAAUCACUAUCACCUUCGCAGACCAGUAAGGAACUUGAAUCUUCAUCAGAGACACGAGACCUUGACGCACAGGCACGAGACCGAGACGUGCCCGCUGCGAUUUCCAGACGAACGAGGCGCCACUGGCUAGCGAGACGUAGCUCGUCAAAAGAUUCCUUUAGUCGCGCUAAUGGUGAAGAAACACGACAGGAUGAAGAAAGAGCUGAUGGCGUAUCCGUAGGUGAUUCAAGUAGAACAUCGUACAAAGAACUCGUCGAUAUAACUGCACAAGAUGUUAGCGUCGUCGAUGCUAUUCGAAAGUCCCUUUCUUACUCGCUUUCGCUAUCGACAUUGAAUUCGAUGUACAAAAAGAAUUGUGUGUCUUCUAAGACUAAGAAAGCAGUCGACCAAGAAGAUAGAGCACAUCAACUUCUUGCAAAAAUCCGAUCCAACACUGAACAAAGACUUAUCUCCCAAACUCGCACUGUCCCGGAAGCAAGAGCCGCGUCCCGAGCUCUGCACGCAGUCUUUGUAAAGGCUUCACAUUUUCCGCAUGGCUCUGAGCUCGCUUUUGCAAAGUUGGUCGAAAGAGGAACAAAAUGCCCCAAUAAAGGAGCACUCUUUAAUUUCCUGUGGAAUACACGGUUUGGAUCCCACUUCCGACAAUGGGCGUAUGAGAUGUGGAUACCGCCCCCAGUGAAAGAAGUGCCAGAUUUUAGGAAGGCUGUGGAGGGAACCCAGUCCGCGUCCGAGCAAAAGUCCUAUCAUUAUCCGAGAGCCGAAAGGGCGUGGCAACGUCAAGAAGGUGGAAAGCAGAUAGAAGUAGUCGAUGAGGCGCAUAUAGAGUUUCAUCCACCGGGAAAAGGUCAGUUUACGAUUUAGAGAAAUGCAGAUGAACACGACACGGAAAACUUAAACUCUCCUGCAUACUUACAACAGGAGGAUAAUGAUCAACUGGAGGCCACAGAGGCACUGCUGGCCACAACCACAUGGCAGUAUACGCACUCCUUCUGGUGCAGACAGACUUGAAAUAGUGAACGAUAACUACUACAAGUAGGAACAACAUCUUUAUUCGUGAACAAAUAACCAUUCUACGUACUAUUUUUUGAAAUUAGCACGGAGACGAUGAACAAGAACUUACUUUAAGUAAAAGCGAUGAGCACCCCAAAGAACCAAGGGCAGCGUAGUAAAACCUCUACAACUUCUACAACUGAUUCUUAGAAACUACAACAUCUCAUCCGAGAGACGAAAGGACGUGGCAACGUCAAGAAGGUGGAAAGCAGAUAGAAGUAGUCGAUGAGGCGCAUAUAGAGUUUCAUCCACCGGGAAAGCAUACGUCACAGAAGGCAACCGAUCACGAUCUGCGGAUCGCACUGUUCAAGGUGCCUAUCGUCCCCCCUUGCUUGAACGGAGACGACAUCUGCCUCUCUGAGAUGCUGCAAGCGAACGAGCAAGGCUUUCGCUUGAAAAACGCGUCAAAGGCGAUUCUCUGAGCGCCGGCAGAGGUGGCUGAAGUCCACUCCAUUGACUCGUGCGUCCCAUCGGUGAAGUGACAUAUCGAAUUUUUGUUCCUCAAAAAAGCCUAGACGGGGACGCUUCGGAUGAUGAAGACGACGAGGACGCCAAUCCACGCGCCUUUUAAUACUUAGAAGGAAUAUGAACUAGUACUUGUACUAGUAGUACAAAGAAAAUAUAAAGAACUACGAAGGAAAACAACUUGCUUUAGCGUCAACGCAUUUCACUCGAGCUUGAUGCUGAUCUUGACAUCGAGUCUUUACUUACAAUCCUGAGCGUCCCUCUCGCCCUAAGUUAAGACCAAAAUCGCUAAAGUUUAAUGAUCUGUCCAUGACUGAGACUGCUUUCGUUCAAUUUGUUCUCAUGCAAACCAAACUUACAAU